CUGACGUCACUUCCGUGCAGUACAGCGUUCAUGUUUGACAACAAGCCCGAGCCACUGAGAUUCUGAAGACUGUGCUGUCUUUGCCCAGACUACGUGUAUUUUGGGAAGCUAUUUUGCCCCCUAGAAUCGUCCAACGAUGGCUAAAUUACAAUAUCUGAAUGUGUAUCUAACUGAGCGUUUGAUGCAAGCUGCCGAGGAGAUACUUAGAGUGGUCGGAGACACAAUCUCUGAGUACCAGGAAGAAAUAGCCCGGACAAAGCGAGAAAACCAAUACCUGAAACGCCACUUGAUCACACCGGUCUUACCGGCUCCUCAGCCCAUUGUCUCUUGGGUCUCAGAGCAGCAAACUCCCCCUGAGCAACAGCGCUGUGAGCAGGAGUGGAGCCCCAGUCUGGGCCAGAGGGACACAGAGCACACACAGAUUAAAGAGGAACAGGGUGAACUCAGGACCCGUCAGGAGGUAGAGCAGAUUCAAGGGCCGGAGGCUGAUACCGAAGAAGACUCCAUAAUCAUUCCUCCCUGUGUGAAAAGUGACUGUGAUCAGGAGCCACCUCAGUCCACACAUCUUCUCCAAACUGUGGAGAACAGAGAGAAGUACUCUCUACUGACCAACACAACUGGACAGAUCAAAACAGAACCUGAUGGAGAGGGCUAUGGAGUAUCACUAUCAGAACCAACCAGUGACUCCCCUCAGUCUCAGCCCCUCUCUGCAGUAAAUCCAGACUGUUCUAGAACACAGAGUGAGAACACUGAAAGUGUUCAGAGAGAUCCAGAAAGGAGACCAGAGGAGGACACCCAGACACACUCAUGUACUCAGUGUGGAGCCGUGUUCUGUGAGCUAUCCCAAUUGGAUGCACACAUGCUAUCCCACACAGUACCACACAGUGGUGACACUAGUCACAGGCAAAUCCUCUGCACAGUCUGUUGGAAGUCAUUCACCUCUACCAGUUACCUCAAGGUCCACAUGUGUUCUCACAAUAAGGAUAAGCCCUUCCACUGUGGUGUGUGUGGCAAGAGUUUCAGCUACUCAGGCAGGUUCAGGGAGCACCAACGCAUCCACACUGGAGAGAGACCGUACCGCUGCCACGUGUGUGGUAAACGCUUCAACCGGUCUGCCCAUCUGAAGACCCACCUGAGGGUCCACACAGGGGAGAAACCCUACUCCUGUCCUGUCUGUGGAAAAGGGUUCAGUCAGUCCAGCCAUAUCAAGGGACACCUCAGAACUCACACCCGAGGGAGGUAGAUGAAAGAGGCCUUUUUUUUAAUUAGGAUCGCCAUUCUCCGACGCCAAUGGCGACAGCUAGUCUUACUGGGGUCCAACACAUAACGAAAAAGACAUUAAAGACAAAAGACUUUACACUUAAACAUUAACAUGUAGUGGGUGUGUGCACUCAGUUCCACAUACAUGUUAGUACAUACACGCAACAAGUAGGUCAAAUGGGGGAGAGGCGUUGUGCCGUGAGGUGUUGCUUUAUUUGUUUUUUAAAACCAGGUUUGCUGUUCACUUUCCCUAUAUGAGAUGGAAGGUUCCAUGCAAUCAUGGCUCUGUACAAUACUGUACGUUUCCUUGAAUUUGUUCUGGACCUGGCGACUGAAAAUAUGUCUGGUGGGGUGAGUGCUGUGUGUAAGUUGAUUAUGCAAAGAAUUUGUCAUUUCGAACACAUUGGUGUUUCUUUAUAAAAACGAGAAGCCAUGCAGUCAGUCUUUCCUCAACACUUAGCCAAGAGAGACUAGCAUGCAUAUUAUUGCUUUAGGGGAUGGCGGUGUCAAAAAGCAGAGCAUCUUUUUACCACGGAGAGACCUCUCCCCAUCUUUACAGCCAUUGAAUCAAUAUGUUUUGACCAUGACAAUUUACAAUAUUAAGAUAACACCAAAUAAUUUAGUCUGCUCAACAGCCAAACUAUUAAUUACCAGAUUCAGCUGAGGUCUAGAACUUACGGAAUGAUUUGUACCAAAUACAAUGCUCUUAGUUUUUUAGAUUUUCAGGACCAGUUUAUUACUGGCCUCCCAUUCUAAAACUGACCAACUCCUUGUUUAGGGUUGCAGUGAUUUCACUAGCUGUGGUUGCUGGCCCACAUAGGGUUGCAGUGAUUUCACUAGCUGUGGUUGCUGGCCCACAUAGGGUUGCAGUGAUUUCACUAGCUGUGGUUGCUGGCCCACAUAGGGUUGCAGUGAUUUCACUAGCUGUGGUUGCUGGCCCACGUAGGGUUGCAGUGAUUUCACUAGCUGUGGUUGCUGGCCCACGUAGGGUUGCAGUGAUUUCACUAGCUGUGGUUGCUGGCCCACAUAGGGUUGCAGUGAUUUCACUAGCUGUGGUUGCUGGCCCACAUAGGGUUGCAGUGAUUUCACUAGCUGUGGUUGCUGGCCCACAUAGGGUUGAAUCAUCAGCAGACAUGGACACAGGAUUUAUUUAAUGACAGUGGCAGGUCAGCUUUCCAUCUAAGUUGUCAAUGCCAGGAGGUUUGUCAUUAUUGAUCGAUAACAAUUGUUCCGCCUCUUCCACACUAACUUUACAAAAUUCAAACUUACAAUGCUUUUAUUUUCUUUUCUUUCAACUGUUCGUGGUUGGCAUUUACUGCCUAGGUUUGCCCUCUUUGCCAAUGAAGUAAUUAUUAAAAUAAUUGGCAACAUUAAAUGGUUUUGUGUUGAAUAAGCCAUCUGAUUUUAUGGAAGAUUAAGUUGAAUUUUUUUAUUUAUUUAACCUUUAUUUAACCAGAAAGGGCUCAUUGAGAUUUAAAAUAUAUUUUUCCAGAGUGUCCUGGUCAAGAUAGGCAGCACCAAGUCAUUACAAAAAUUACAGACAAACAACAUGAAAGACUACAAGUAAUCUAAUAAAAACCAUAGAAUUCACAGGAGUGUCUUCCUGCCCAUAAUUUAAUUUAAAGUACUCAAAUUAUUUUCCAUCAUUAUUUUUAUCAUUGACCUUGUCUUCAUAAGUUUCUUUUAAGUCACAUAAUUUCUCAAGUCUCAAUAAGAGAUGUGCAGCCAGACUUAUUAACCACUCCUUUUGCCCCAUCUUUCAACCAUCGUUCUUCAAUUCCUCAUCAAAUCCUUAACAAUUCUAACAGUCAGUUUCUUGACAGGUGCAUGUUUAUCAAUAAUUGGAAGAAGCAAUAUCAUAAAUUCAUUAAGUGCAGCAUCUGGAUGCUUCUUAUUAAUCACAUCAGACCAACAAAUAUUUUUAACAUCAUCCACAUAAGUCACAGUUAAAUCUUUUGUAUGAUCUCUUAUACACUAUUUCAGGCCCAGCUUUUGGAACUUUGGCCUUCCUGGAUAUAGCCACUAUAUUGAGAUCACUGCAUUCAAUGGGUACGGAUACAGUUUUAGAACAAAGUGCUACAGUAUUAGAUCUACAUGUGGACUAUAUAAACUUAUCAAAAAAAAGAAACGUCCUCUCACUGUCAACUGCAUUUAUUUUCAGCAAACUUAAUGUGUAAAUAUUUGUAUGAACAUAAGAUUCAACAACUGAGACAGGAACUGAACAAGUUCCACAGACAUGUGACUAACAGAAAUGGAAUAAUGUGUCCCUGAACAAAGGGGCGGUCAAAAUCAAAAGUAACAGUCAGUAUCUGGUGUGGCCACCAUCUGCAUUAAGUACUGCAGUGCAUCAUCUCCUCAUGGACUGCACCAGAUUUGCCAGUGCUUGCAGUGAGAUGUUAACCCACUGAGGAGGGACCCUGGGCAUCUUUCUUUUGGUGUUUUUCAGAGUCAGUACAAAGGCCUCUUUUGUGUCCUAAGUUUUCAUAACUGUGACCUUCAUUGCCUACCGUCUGCAAGCUGUUACUGUCUUAACGACCAUUCCACAGGGAUACAGUGUUUAAACCCUCUACAAUGAAGAUCUGUGAAGUUAUUUGGAUUUUUACAAAUUAUCUUUGAAAGACAGGGUCCUGAAAAAGGGACAUUUUGGUUCCUGUAGUGUAAACACCCUGGUAGGUUGAUUGACCUGAACCAGAUUACAUGCACUGAUUACAGUGAGAAGCUUCCUCUUGAGCAAACAGCUUGAUGGAAACAGUCAAUAUUCAGGUCCCCAAAAAAGUAGACCUCUGUUUAUAUUACAUACACUAUCAAGCAUUUCACACACAUUAUCUAGAUACUGACUGUUAGCACUUGGUGGCCUAUUGCAACACCCUAAAAGAACAAGCUUUAGUUGAGAUAGGUGAACCUGAAGCCAUAACACUUCAAUAUCACUUUACAUGAGAUCUUCCCUAAGCAUUCGAGGGAUAUGUUUUUGAAUAUGUAUUUGUAUUGCUUGUAUUGCUACUGCUUUAUCAAAGGAAUUAGCUGAGUGAGUCUCAGAAAUGGCUAAUACAGUGCAUGCAGAAAGUAUUCAGACCCCUUUCCUUUUCCACAUUUUGUUAUGUUACAGCCUUAUUCUAAAAUGGAUUACAAAAAUAUCAAUCUACACACAACACCCCAUAAUGACAAAACAAAAACAGGUUUUUAGAAAUGUUUGCAAAUGUAUUAAAAAUGUACAAAAUGUACAUAAGUAUUCAGACCCUUUGCUAUGAGACUCGAAAUUCAGCUCAGGUGCAUCCUGUUUCCAUUGAUCAUCCUUGAGAUGUUUCUACAACUUAGAGUCCACCUGUGGUAAAUUCAGUUGAUUGGAAAUGAUUUGGAAAGGCACACACCUGUCUAUAUAAGGUCCCACAGUUGACAGUGCAUGUCAGCAAAAACCAAGCCAUGAGGUCGAGGGAAUUGUUCCUAGAGUUCUGAGACAGGAUUGUGUCGAGGCACAUAUCUGGAGAAGGCUAUCAAAAAAUGUCUGCAGCAUUGAAGGUCCCCAAGGACAAUGUGGCUUCCAUCAUUCUUAAAUGGAAGAAGUUUGGAACCACCAAGACUCUUCCUAGAGUUGGCCACCUGGCCAAACUGAGUAAUCAGGGGAGAAGGGCCUUGGUCAGGAAGGUGACCAAGAACCCGAUGGUCACUCUGACAGAGCUCCAGGGUUCCUCUGUGGAGAUGGGAGAACCUUCCAGAAGGGCAACCAUCUCUGCCACACUCCACCAAUCAGGCCUUUAUGGUAGAGUGGCCAGACGGAAACCACUCCUCACUAAAAGGCGCAUGACAGCCUGCUUGGAGUUUGCCAAAAGGCACCUAAAAGGACUCUCAGAGCAUGAGAAACAAGAUCCUCUGGUCUGAUGAAACCAAGAUUGUACUCUUUGGCCUGAAUACCAAGUGUCACGUCUGGAAGAAACCUGGCACCAUCCCAACGGUGAAGCAUGAUGGUGGAAGAAUCAUGCCGUGGGGAUGUUUUUCAGUGGCACGGACUAGGAGACUAGUCAAGAUUGAGGGAAAGAUGAACAGAGCAAAGAGAGAGAGAUCCUUGAUGAAAACCUGCUCCUGAGCGCUCAGAACCUCAGACUGGGGUGAAUGUUCACCUUCCAACAGGACAACGACCCUACACACACAGCCAAGACAACGCAGGAGUGGCUUUGGGACAAGUCCCUGAAUGUCUUUGUGUCCCAGCUAGAGCCCGGACUUCAACCCGACCGAACAUCUCUGAAGAGACCUAAAAAUAGCUGUGCAGUGACGCUCCCCAUCCAACCUGACAUAGCUUAAGAGGAUCUGCAGAGAAGAAUGGGAGAAACUUUCCAAAUACAGGUGUGCCAAGCUUGUGGCAUCAUACCAAGAAGACUCAAGGCUGUAAUCGCUGCCAAAGGUGCUUCAACAAAGUUGAGUAAAGGAUCUGAACACACAAUUUGAUAUUUCCGUUUUUUCUUUUUAAUACAUUUGCGAACAUUUCUAAACCUGUCUUUGUUUUGUCAUUGUGGGGUAGGUUGAGGGGGUGGGAACGAUUUUCAUUUUAGAAUAUGACUGUAACAUAACAAAUUGUGGAAAAAGUCAACGGGUCUGAAUACUUUCCGAUUGCUUGGUAAGUGCUUGAAAAUUCACAAAAAGUGACGUUAGCUGAUUAUCUCAUAGAACAAGAUGUAUAAGAUCUCCUUCUCCUUGGCCUGUAUUUAUCACAGACCUUAUUUUUUUGGCAUUUCUCCUUUUCCUGGGUAGCUUAUCAGAGAUAGCCUUAGAGUGGAAAGAGCCCACGAGGGAAUAGACAGAGCCUUCUGUUCUCAAAGCACCUAGCUUUUGGAAAGAGGAAGAUAGACAUACCUUCUCUUCAGUGCUACUAAUUCUACAUAGAAUUGUAAGACUAGAGGACUAUAGAAUGUAUGAUGUUUUGCAGACUGUAACUAAGGAACCUCAUGUCUAUUGAGUUAAGAGAGCUGCUCUAAUACAAUGCUAUGAAAAGACUUUAACGCAUCCCCUCGUAUCACUGGAGAAAUAGAAGGUUCAUUUGUUAGAUUUGCCAUUUUUUAUUGUUGAUGAUUUCAAUAGGAGUUUGUUGGUCUACUUGCAAAUAAACAAUCUCUCUGUCAUAUUGAUUAAGUAG